AUGGCUUUCCGACCGGUGACACCACUAGAGCAGGCAUCCCGUGUCUGGGAACUAGGAAAUGUUCCUAUUGUCCCCGGUUUCUACGAAUCUGGUCCGAAUGACGAGCUCGCUGGCAGAACCUUGCCUCAGAUACAACUCGCAUCCCCUGAUUUCGAUACCUCCAAUCUCAGAACCCCAUUUCCACCAGGGGUUGAUCAAUUGCGUCUACGCCUCAAUUCCCCGUCACUGAAAAGACCCCCCCGAACUCCUGCCAGCAUUCCCGUCGAAAAGACUACGUUCGCAAAGAUACCUUGGGAUAUUUGCGAGCUUAUUUGGAAUAUGAGGACUCCUGUACUGAAAUAUCAUCACCGGAAGAUCGAGAAUGGUUCAUCUGGCUACAGUUGCUUGGCGAAGAAGGCGAUUUUCAAGGAACUCGAACGUCGAGAGAAGGACGGAGGUCAUUGA